AUGAACUCCAAAUCCCUCCGCCGCCUCGCUGCAGACCACGGCUCCCUCCACACCGCCGGCCUCCCCCCAAACUACCUCUUCCCACCGGGCUCCGACGACUCGUCAGACCUCACAUCCCUGGACAUCCUGCUCGCCGGCCCUGUCGGCACACCCUACGCAGCCGGCGUAUGGCGCCUGCACCUUGACAUCCCACUCACCUACCCUACCGCACCGCCCACCGCACAAUUCCGCACGCGGUUAUGGCAUCCGAAUAUCGAUGAGGCGACCGGCGCCGUGUGCGUCGAGACAUUGAAAAGAGACUGGAGUAGCACGCUCAAGCUCCGCGAUGUCCUUGUUACGAUAUCUUGCCUACUCAUACAACCAAACCCAGCGAGUGCAUUGAACGAAGCAGCAGGCAAACUGGCUACGGAGGACUGGGACGGGUAUUGUAGGAGGGCGAGGCUUAUGACGGAUAUUCACGCCGCGAUACCGAGGGAUAUCGAGAAAGACGUGAGGGAAGCACAGAUGCGAGGCGAAGAUAAAACCACAGAGCCGGAACAAACCAUCGCGAAACCACACUCGAAAGGCAAAGAAACAGAGCGGGUCAAAGUUACGCCGUCAGGACCCAAACUCACGCGCAUGAAGAGUGAGGAUGAGGAGAACACGAGGAGCAGGAGGGGUGGGACUCAAGAUGCAGAGAGUGGGACUGAGGACGAUGCUGUGACUGGGCGGAGGGAUGGGAUGAGGAGGAGCAAGGUGCCCGAGUCAAGGAGACAGGGUAAUAUCUUUGGGAUUAAGGGACUGGGCGAUGGAAUGCAGCUUGACUCCCCACCGCCGAAACGCAUCUUUGCUGUGCCGGGGGGAAGUACACCGCCUGUUUCUACCCCGAACGAGAAAGAGAUUGGGAAGGAAAAUGGGGAGGGAGAGGGAGAGGAUAAGGAUCCGUUUACGACUGUGGCUUCGAAACGGAAUACCCACCCCGAUCCUUCUGCUGAAAUAGGAGGAACAACAACAGCAACACAACCCGACACCGAGACCCCCGACCUCCUCAAAUUCUCAACUCAAAACCCCUUCGCUGCCAUCCAACCCAACAACCAAACUCACCCGCUCUUUAGAGAGUUUUCGUUUAGUUGGGAAGAUGCGAUGGUGGUGCAUGACGCCGGGGUGGGCGUGGCUGGUUCGGUUGGUUCGGUUGGUUCGGGUGGGAAGAGUGGUGGAAGUGGUGGCGGUGGUGGUGUCAGUGGUGUUAGUAAAGCGGAUGUACGCAAGAGACACGCAACGGAGGAGUUUGAGAAGAAGGAAAAGUGGGAGAUGAAGAGGUUUAAGAGGGCCGGGGGUGAUUUGAAGAGGUUUAAUCGGGGGGAUUGGGGGGUUAGGAUGGGGGUUGGAAGACUGUGA